ACAACAACAACAGAAACAGUGGGAAUAACAACAUAAGCGGCAGACAAAUUGCAAGUUGCACGUUUUUUUCAAUCGGUCAAACAUGAUAAGCCCGGCCAGAACAUAACCCACCUUUCGUGUAGUAAGGCUUCCGUCAAACCGAUCGAUUCUGUCCUGACUAAAAGUACUAAAUUCCACAAGUUUCAAGGCGGCAAAUGUGCCAAGUGGGCGAGCGCACAGUAAUAGCGAAGGAGCAUUAAAAAAGUCGCCGCACUUUGAGUGAGCUGUUAUGCAAGCGGGAGGCCUACGGCCAAAUUGAAUUAGCCGGCAUGCUGCUCAAUCGAUUUGUGCUGGCUAUUAAGAACCAGUCGCGGGAGACGCUGCGCGCUUGGAGCUACCAAUGCGAGUCUAUCUUUGCCCAGCGGUCGCGCCGCAUUCAGCAGUUGUUUAGUUUCUACCAGUCUGUAUAUGGAACUCAGGGACUAAAGCAGCUAUGGCGCGCCUACUACCGCCGAGAACUGCAGCCCCCUCUCCGGGGAAUGGUGAUGAGUGCAGUGGGACUCGUCGGGCUAAACAUCAAGCGACUCGGAAGUGAUGGCUUUGACUGGAACAAGGAGCGUUUGUCUUUGUCCAACUUUGAUCUCUGUCGCAGGGACAUUGAGUUCAUCAACACCUUGCCUCAUAAUCAGCUGUGCGACCGCUGCCAGUCCAAGAAGAUGAAGUACUGCUACUGUCAAUUGGGCAACCUGCGUUGCAAAAAGGGUCAAACCAAGCCAUCCACCAGCAAAGAGGCGGAAGCAGAUUCGAGCAUCAGCAAUUGCCGGCAGCCUCUGGAUCUAGAUGUGCGCAAUGCUCCACCGGGUACGGUAAGCAUCCAGGCCCAGGACGACCACAAAUGGGAGCCAUACUUUAGUAAGAACGAGUUCAGCAUUUGGCGACGCGAGGAGCGCUCCUCCUUAUACUCAUAUAAGGUUUAUGCCCGUUUCGACGACAUCACAGCUGACGAUUUUCUUCAUGUUCAAACCGACUUGGAUUACCGCCGCCAGUGGGACGAUACGGCCCUGAGACUGGAACUCAUCAGCGAAGAUCCGGUGCCGGGCAGCAAUUCGCAUCUGAUAUACUGGGAGAUGCAGUGGCCGCGACUUUUUGCCAACCGUGAUUACGUCUAUUGCCGUCGCUACAUCAAAGACGACAACAAAAAGUUAAUCUUCAUUUGCAACCGUGGGGCCAAGCACAACAGCUACCCGGCGUUGUCUGGAAAAGUGCGAGUCACCGAUUACUGGAGUCUGAUGGUCAUCAAGCCUUUCCGGGGUUUUCAUGAGCCGGGCUUGCACUUUGUCCUUACAUACUAUGAUGAUCCGGGCGUACCCAUUCCGCAGAAUAUCAAGUCCUGGGUGACGCAGAAACAGAUGCCGGAGUUUCUUACUAAGAUGUAUGUGGCCACGAAGAACUAUGCCUGUUCCCGGGCUAUAAAGAUGAAGGAUAUGUUCCACGGUUUCGCACUUAUCAACGACGAGUAUACGGCAAAUGAGCAGCGCGGAAGUUGGCUUGGCAGUUUAAGUCGGCGCAAGGUCAACAGUAAAUCCGAAGCAGAGCGCUAACUCACCAGCCUGGGUAUCCUUCGUCCCCCCUUUUCUUACCUAGACUCCUUCACCAACAGAGCCACCAAUCAAACGAUCCCCUCGCCCAAUUUCAUCUUCCGUUUAUCCGUUCCUCAGACUUUAAAGUCAAUUUAGACGAGAAAAAUCGAAUCCACUGGAAACCAGAGCAAGUGUGCAAUAGCUGUUAGCAUUUUUCUGCUCUUCGAAUGUGUGCCACAUUGAUGAGGAACUUUUAAUAUAUAUCUAUCGGCUAUAUAGCUAUACCAAAAUAUAUUAAGUUUAGAAAUUGUUUUAAAAGCAAAUAGAAACUAUUGAAAUUACUUGUACAAUAAAAAAAAUGGAAAUAUA